AUGGCUGGUAGACUAAAGAGCAUCAUUGUAAACUUAAAUGGCUUGCUGAAACACAAACACCAUGAAAAUUUUAAGCUCAGUAGCGAUGAAGUACAAACUAUUCGAAAUAAUUUGAAAGGCAUUUCCAGCGAUGAGCUUGGCAUCUGCAAUUUCAAGCUAAACGAAGAGCUCUGUUCCUCCACCAGGGCUGAUAUAUCGUAUUUGAAAGUAUGCAGCAAUGGUCAAAUAUUUGACCUUGGAGUUUUCGCUCUCAAGAAGGACUGUCGAAUGCCUAUGCACAAUCAUCACGGAAUGUACGGUGUUGUGAAAGUGCUAUUUGGCUCAGGCAGAAUCCAAUCCUUCUCGCCAAUCAGAGAAACGCAAGAACAUUUUUCGAUCGAUGACAUCGUUGACGCUGAAAUCGUUGAGGAUAUGUCAGUUUCAGCGAAAGAAGGUAGUAAUCUGAUGCAUUUGGAGCCCAAUUCAGGAAAUAUCCACGCUAUAACGGCGGAUAAAAAUAGCCCGCUGGUGUUUCUGGACCUACUAAUGCCCCCGUAUGAUCACCUUAAUUAUACUGUUUCGUAUUUUGAGCUUGUCUCCACCGGUGAGUGUAGGAAAAAGUGCAAGUUAAAAGUCAUCCCAGAGCCAACCGACUACAGAUGUGACCAAUUGGAUUACGCCGCUGUGAUACAAGAUAACCCAAGUUUUGAAAACUAA